CUGACACAUUUCAUUUUCACAGUAUAACAUUAGAAAUCAGAUAAACAAGACUAGGUAUUCCUCGCAAGCUUGCAAAUAUUCAUGAUGUGUAAUAUGAAUACAAAAAUUUCCUGGUUAUCUCUCUUCUUGGUUUUUCCAAUUUUACACCAAUCACAGAGCACUGGAUACAAGGAACGAUUCGAAUCACAACCACCACAAUUGCCGCUUUUAACCAAGCUCUCAAGAAAUCCAUUGUAUUGUUAUAGCACAGGAACUUUGGACUUGCUUCAAAAUUUAAAACAAGUGGUCAGCGAAAAUUGUUUUAAACAUGAGGAAAAUGAAUUCAGAUUCAAGGUGAACCCUGAACAAAGCUUUCUUUAUCAGGCACACAUACCGGGUGUUUCAAUGAAAAAAACAAUCGAACGGAGGAAAAAAAUGUUGGAACGGAUAGCUUCAGUACCGAUUACAAAAAUUCAACGAUGUUUAUCUACUAAUUGCAGCAGUGAAAAACAACAACAAGUCGAAGAAUUCAUUCAAGUUUUUAGAAAAGCAGUCACUCUUUGUGAAGAUUCAGAAUAUCUUGGUACUAUAAUAACCAAUCUGGAGCAGACGUGUAAGUAAAGAAGAAAAAAGAGAAAGAAUUUCAUGCAACUGAAUUUUUGUUCCCUUGAAUAACACGAGUGUUGAAAAAAUUACCAAUCGCCGAGUCAGAAAACACCUAAUUGUUUAAUUGUAGGAAAAACUACUCCAAUAAAUUAUUUUAGAAUU